AUGCUCCGAGUGGACGCUGCCGAAGGUUGCAUGGAUAUUUUGUUGAUGGUCAGCUACUUCAUUUUUGGAACACUCCGCUUAUCAGAACUCUGCAACGGACUCUUCUGGACUUAUAAGGAAUAUUACAUAGCGACAUGGUGUUACAACCAGACUUAUGUGUCAGCCAUACUACGAUGUUUCGGCGUUCUAGUUAUCUCAUUUCAACGAUAUAUUUCACUUUGUCAACACGGUCAACAAGUUGAGCAAAUCAUCAACACUUCACAUCGAUGGAUUCUUCCUAUUCUCCAAUGGGCAGUGCCCACAGUAUAUUCAGUACCACUUCUUGUCUUCAGCAAUGCCACUUUUAAAAGUUCAGAAAACAUGGAGGUGCUGAUUGAACGGCAGUCCAUAACGCUAGCUACAUCGAUGACAGCUACUUUCGUUCUCGUCACAUUCAUGCUCUGUAGCAUGUGCUAUGGGACGAUACUGAGAUUUCUGAUCAAAAAUCGGUUCAGUAAUAGCGGGGCCUUGAAACGGGAGCGGAGGCUAUAUGUGCAGAUGCUGGGACUGUUUGUCGGUUUCGUCCUUCUUGUCGUCUUCUACAUCCUGCAGUUUACAUUCUCACUUCAUUCCAAUGUAGGUGACUUAGUAAUAUGA